AUGAUCGGCGUGCGCUACUACAGCUCUCAAACGCGCUCCUUUCCGCGCCGAUUGGCCACCAGGCUCGCCAGAUUGCCCGAGGGCGCUCCGCACGCCUCGGGCUGGAAACUGUGGGCUCAGCGCCUGUUUGGGUCCUCCAAGCCGCGCAUGGCGCGGCUCCAGGACGCCCUGGUGCGGGAGUUGGGUCUGACCGACCGUGUCACUCGUUCUAUGGUCCAAAACGAGCUCCACCAGUUGCAUUUCCACAACCCACAAGCAGACAUCAAGACACCGACGCUGUUGGUGCACGGCCACGCAGCGUCCGCCAUGGCGUUCCACCGCAACUUUGCAGGGCUUUCCAGUGCCGUUCAGGACCUGUACGCGGUCGAUUUGCCUUCCAAUGGGCUUUCAGUGGAACUCCCGCUUGAGCUCGAGCUGCCCCCACCGCUCCCGCUGCGCAUUCAGCUGCAAAACGACACUUUCAAGCUCCCAUACACCAUAGAGCCCUUACACCAGCGUGCCGUGGUGCAGGGGUUCGAGAAUUACUAUCUGGACGCCCUGGAGCAGUGGCGUCUCGACAACAAGCUGGGCCGCAUCAACGUCGUGGCACACUCGUACGGAGGGUACCUGUCGUUCAAAUACGCUGCCAAGUAUCCUCACGCAGUGGCAAAGCUCUGUCUGGUGUCACCACUGGGCGUGGAACGCAACGCUUUCGCCGUUGACAAUCGAUGGAGCAGCAACACCGCGUAUCCUACGAAUUACACAGAUCCAGCAUCGAAAUACUACAUCCCGUCACGGCCUGCGAUCCCCAAGCUCAUAUUCGAGUCUCAAACGCGUCUACUGCGGGCGCUGGGCCCGUUGGGGGCCAAAUUGUGCUGGAACUACAUCGCUGCCGCAUAUUCGCGUGUGCCCAGUGUUACGUACAAGCAGUAUGUGUUUGAGAUGUUCUACGGCAAGGAUGGACUGAGCCAGACCAGCAGGGACAUUUUUACGGGUCUAUUUACCAACCGUUUACUGGCGCGCGAUCCACUUUUGAAUUGUUUGGAACAUUUGCGUGUCAAAGACUUGAUGCUGUUGUAUGGGGACCGCGAUUGGAUGAAUCGGACUGCGGGACAACAAUUGGCACAGGAGGCCAAUUCGAUUGGGAUCACUGCUGAUUACAACGAGGUGUCGAGCUCGGGUCACAACUUGUUUCUGGAUAAUCCGGAGGAGUUCAACCAACGAGUGGUUCAGUUUUUGGAUGAGUAG